CAGCACCGUGGAGUAUUUUCCCUCCUGGCCCCACGCCACGCCCUCGUCAUCAUGGAGGUCGUACCCGCACAGCCCUGGGCCGUCGCAGGAGCCAUAACUGGAGACAGAGGGAGAAAUUUGGUCCCGUCAUGGCCGCGGAGGAGGACGGCGCUCUGCUGUUUCUGAUCUACCAGCACCUGAAGGUGAACGGAUACCAGAAGGCUGCCGAGGUGCUGGAGAAACACGUUACUCAGGUGGAAACACCAGCAGAGAGCUCCAACCUACAUGAUAUCUACACAGGAUGGAUGAAGCUGUGCUCUCUGGCCCAACAUGCCAAGCAAGAGACAGAAGACUCCGCCGCUUUAAACAAAAGCAGCAUCAAACCAGAACCUGCCACCAGCGAAGAAGAAGAAGAACAGGACGCAGACACCAAACUCUCCAGCAUCGUAGAGAAAGAUAACGUGGAUGUGAAACCUUCACUUGAGUCCAAGGCAGAUGGUGUGGAGUCAUCCAGCCCAGAGCUCAGCUGUGUGAGGAAAGACGCUGAGACCGUCCCUGAGCGGCUGCUGGAUGCUGCAGGUGAUACCAAAUCAACGGACUUGGACUAUGAGAGCUCUCACUCCUCUGACAGUGAAGAGGAGGAGGAGGAAACAAAAACGGAACAAGAGUCAGCCCCUAUUGAAGCAUCUGCCGAGGCAGCUAUCGGUGCAGAAAGCUCCAGCUCCUCCGCCUCUGAGGAAGUUUCUGAAUCCACCCAGGGCAACUCCAGCUGGGUCGACCCCAGACAAGCUGCCUCUGAUCAGACUGAGGAUCAAACCCCGGCCUCCAGCUCUGGCAGCGAGAGCAGUAAGGAGCGUGAAGAAGUCGACGAUGAGCUGAAGCAGGAGCCAGAAGCAGCCAUGGACGCCUCAGAUGCCACAGACGCAACCUCUGCAUCAGAGCAGACAGCUGUCAGUCAAACAGAGGCCACGCCUCCCUGCACUCAGGAGGCAGAAGAUGAGAAAGGCAGUGCCGCAAAGGCCGAACCCGCCAGCUCAGACCUGACAGCUGAGGAGACCAACCACCGGCCGGCGGAGAGCGAAGCCCCGCCCUCUGCAGACCCUGACAGUGACUCUGAAAAUGUAAAGGAGGACGAGGAUGAAAAGGAUGAGGAAGUGGAGGAGGAAGAGGAGGAGGACAAUAAAUCUAAGGGUAAUGACCUCACGUCCUCACUGAAGCCAGACGAUCCAGACGACUCCAUCAUCCUCAACAUUCAAGUCGAAGACGGAGAAGCAGAUGAGCGAGAAACCAGCCAGCUGCUCCCUGCGGAGGUCGAGACCUGCGAAGACGCGAAGACUCCCAAGAAAAAGAAAAAGAAAAAUAAGAGCAAAAAGGACCCAGAAACGGCAACUGGAAAAUCACCAACCACAGACACAUCCACCAUAGACGCACUCAGUGACACUCCUCUCACCUCCAAGUCUGCCAAAAAGAAAAAACGAGACAAAAGGAAAAAGCAGGAGGUGACAGAGGAGGAGGAGGUGGAUCAGGAGAAAGAUGAGGAGAAGCAGCAGGAGGAGGAGGAGGAUCAGAAGAAAGAUGAGGAGAAACAGGAGGAGGACGAGGUGUUUCAGGUAACUCCGUCAGAGAAGAAGGCUAAGAAAAGGAAAAGGAAGAGAGAUGAGGUGGAAGAGAAAGACGAGGAAACUCCUGUCACUCCUUUGGAAAACAAAAUUAAAAAGAAAAAGAAGAAGGUUAAAGAUGUGGAAGAAGAGGAGAGCGAGGCGGCGGGAGUGGUAGAGGAGACGAAGGUGGAGAAUCCCAUGAGUCUGGCAGAGACAACGGAGAAAAAGAAGAAGAAGAGGAAGAAGAAGAGAAAGACGAAGAAGGAGGGAGGACAGGAGAAAGAGGUGCUGCAGUCUGAUGAAAGACCAGCAGGGGGCGACAGAGACACAGAAAAGAAAUUGGAUGCAACAGAUGGAAACUCUUCUCAGAUCUCCUCAGCCAAAAAGAAACGUCUCAGGAAGAAACUCAGCCUGAAGAAGAGACAGAGGCUCCACAAGAAAGAGGCGGCGAUGAUGAGGAAGAAGAACGGCAACUUCCCUGCAGGACAGACUGAGGCCACAGGCGGAAAGAAACAAAAACAAAUCCAAGAGGCAGCGGAGGAGACGCUGCCGCCAAAACCAGCCAAAGGACCCAAACCUGAUCCUUCCCAGGAGGACGACACGCCAAAGAAGAAGAGCACUGAACAAGAGGAGAAUUCCUCAAAGGAAAACCAACCUCCAAAGUCGAAGACAAAGAAGAAGAAAAAGAAGAGCCUGGUGGAGGAGGAAGAUGAAAGCGGUGCGGCGAAUGACCUGAGUGCUGAAUCCGCGUCACCUCCAUGUUCAGGUGAAGGGAAGAAGAAGAAAAGGAAGAUGAUUAAGGCUGAUGAAGGUGAGGAGACGACAGGAAAUUCCCCCGUCACCGCGAGCCAAGAUGUGCCUGCAAAGAAAAAGAGGAAGAACAGACUAAAGGAGAAACUGGAAGAGACAGAACCUGCUGCAGAUGUAAACACUGCUACAGCUGCUUCCACAAAAAAGAAAUCCUCCAAAAAGAAGAACAUUGCUGAUUAAAUCUGGUGUGUUCUGUGAUGAGACGUCAGUGACAGGACGACAACGACUAUAUCCUGAACCUGAAAACUCAAGAAUAACAAGCCAAUCUGCAUAGUGUUAGUGCCUUUACUCCUGAUUUUUCAGGCUGAGAUGAAAGGAUUUUCGGAGAAACGGAGAGGUAUCUCUGAGGGAACAUCAGUGUUUUCACUCACGUUUCAUUUUCCUUUGCUCUAAACCUGUAAAAGCUACUCUAACUCACACACACCCCCUAGUUUGUAGAUGUUUACCACUUCAAAUCCUUUCAGUAGAUUGAAGCUUUAUUUAUGCAGCUUUCUUUUUUUCUGGCAGACCUGCUCUCAAGGUAGAAAUUGAAUUGGCAUAAUUGAAAUAUUUGAAAUGAUCAUAACUAUUCCAGUAAAUAAAACUAAACUAUUUUAGUAAAUAAGUAAAAGGCUGCAACUAAUGAUUGUCUUUGUAAGCAAAAUGCUUAAUGCAAACUUUUAAUUAAUUUGGUCUAGAAAACUACAGAAAAAGGGGAGAGCAACAUCUUGUUUUGUCCAAAAAACAGCAAAUCCAUACACUGGAGGAGCUGGAGCCGGCAAAUUAUUUGGAAGUUAUGCUUUAUUUUUGAUAUGUUUUGAUAAGCUUAUCAUUUCAGCUCAGUUUGCAAAGUUUGAGCAAGAAUUUGAUGCCAAAUUUUGACGCUUGGAGCUAAGAACCUGAUCAAUAUUAAAUAAGAAGGUUAAUGUGUCCUGAGGCUCGACACGCAGCCUUAUUUAUUCUGCUACGAAGCAGCUCUGCCUGUGAGAGAUAUAUGUAUAAUUAAAGCUGCAUCUCAACAACAAAAGUGACAGAAAUUCUUACCUUGUUACUGUUGAUCUUCCUCUGUGCCUCACUGGACCUCUGAUCGUUUACGGUUUUGACAGGUGAGUGUUUCGUUGUGCUGGGAACAAACUGUGAAACAGAAACAUUUCAGAACAGGUAAUGUUAGAGCAGUAACUCCUGAGAAUUGUGAGCGGUAGAUCUUGAUAAUUUCUGAGCUUUAAGGUAGAAACUCAGCUGGUUAGUUUUGUUGUGACACACAACUCAUGUUACUUACAAUUUUUUUUCUUGUUUUUUUCUCGCCAGAAAAAAAGCUUUGAAGUUCAGUUUUUUUUGUUUUUUAUUUGGAAAUGGUUUUGUUUACAGUGUUCUGUUUACACCAUUUUUCUUAAUAAGCCUAUUAACUGCUAUCUAUGCACCUGAUGAAAUGCUGUUCUGUGAGGGGUAAUAUGUACAAGUUUCACUACUUGGAUGUUUGUUUGCUCUUCCUGAGAACCAACAUGUUUUAGUUUCUGCAGGACGCGGAACUAGAAAAUGAAUCGAUCUCUCUCCUUUAAUUCUGCAGUUUUACUUUCAUAGUCUUACAUUGUCGUUAUUGUUACUGUAAAAUACCAUUUUUGAGUUGUAAAUGUCAACAUCAAAGCAUCUGACUUCACACUGAAGUAAAGAAUAAAACAAAACAAAACAAAAAUGUACUAAUUUUUUAAAUAUGCAUCAAGAUCUGA